UGCUAUUUAUUGUUUUCUCGAAGCAUUCAUUUCUCUUUUGGCUACGGAAUAGAUCGAAUCUACCUGGUUUACUGGUUUGCUUCCCAAGACUCUUCGCUCAUUCACCAUUAUUAUUCCUUUCUCCUAGUCUAACCCUUCGAAUCUCUCUUCCAAGAACUCGAACUCGACCUCGACCUCGACCUCGACCUCUUCUUCUUCUGCUGCUUCUUCCUCCUCCUGCACCCCCGGAUUCUUUUGGGUUUGUUUUUCUGUUUUACGAAAGCAUGUGAUUGCCACCAACUUUGUAGUAUAAAGUAUGAACAGGUUGGUCAAUGAAUUGGACGAUUGAAUAGGGGGUGGUGAAGCACGAAAGAGGAGAUGAAAGGGGAGUCAUCUGAUUUGAUCAUUGGGAUUUCCAUAGGGGUGGUGAUUGGAGUGCUCUUGGCUAUUUUAGCACUGUUUUGUAUUAGAUACCACAGGAAGCGCUCCCAAAUAGGGAAUAGCAGUUCUCGUAGGGCAGCGACCAUCCCUAUCCGUACAAAUGGUGCCGAUGCUUGUACCAUAUUAUCUGACUCAACUGUUGGUCCGGACUCACCUGUAAAGUCUGCACGUAAUGGCAUGUCCCUUUGGUUUGACGGAUUUAGGAGGAGUAAUGUGGUCUCCGCAUCUGGAAUACUCGAGUAUUCGUACAAGGAUCUGCAGAAAGCAACCUAUAAUUUUACAACUUUGAUAGGACAAGGUGCAUUUGGUCCUGUUUACAGGGCUCAGAUGUCCACUGGCGAGACCGUUGCCGUUAAGGUUCUUGCAACUGAUUCUAAGCAAGGGGAGAAAGAGUUCCAUACAGAGGUAAUGUUAUUGGGAAGGUUACAUCACAGAAACCUUGUGAAUUUGAUUGGAUAUUGUGCAGAAAAAGGCCAGCAUAUGCUCAUAUAUGUCUAUAUGAGCAAGGGCAGCUUGGCUUCUCAUCUAUACAGUGAAAAUAAUGAGCCAUUGAGCUGGGAUAUAAGGGUUCAUAUAGCUUUAGAUGUUGCAAGGGGCUUGGAGUAUCUUCAUGAUGGGGCAGUUCCUCCCGUAAUACAUCGCGAUAUUAAAUCUUCCAAUAUUCUGUUGGACCAGGCCAUGAGAGCCAGGGUUGCUGAUUUUGGGCUUUCAAGAGAAGAGAUGGUGGACAGACAGGCAGUUAAUAUACGGGGUACUUAUGGGUAUCUAGAUCCUGAGUAUAUAUCUACGAAGGCUUUCACCAAGAAAAGUGAUGUUUACAGCUUUGGAGUCUUGCUCUUUGAACUUAUAGCCGGCAGAAAUCCUCAACAGGGUCUCAUGGAAUAUGUUGAGCUUGCAGCCAUGAAUACUGAAGGAAAAGUUGGGUGGGAGGAAAUUGUGGAUUCUCGUCUUGAAGGGAUAUAUGAUGUGCAAGAGCUCAACGAAGUAGCUGCUCUUGCAUACAAAUGCAUCAACCGUAUCCCAAGAAAGCGGCCUUCCAUGAGGGACAUCGUGCAAGUGUUGUCACGGAUCCUUAAGUUGAGAUACAACAGAAACCAUCACAAAAAGUCGUUAUCUGCCACAGCAGAGGAAGUUACUAUCGAUGUCGACCAAUCAGAAACCAAGACUCAAGUCCCUGAACACAGAAGGGAUGAAUCAAUGGAUAGCAGCACGGCUGACACCUAUGAAACAUAGAUGAUGGUUCUUUCAUUUGUUCAUUUGUUUUGUUGCUCGGUUUUUUGGUUUUGCUUUCUCCUGUAUAUGGCAUAUGCAGUGCGGAAGGAGUUUUCAAGGCUAGAAAUCUUCUGUUGUAGUUACGAUUUCUGAUCGAGUGCCUUCAGGAUUCGAGUC